UUUAGGACACGGGACCCAGAACCAGAUGGUCGGGAGGAGACGCGCCAGCCCCCGCCGCAGCUGCCGGAGCGGUGAAGCCCCGGCGCGCCGCAGGGACUGAUCCAGCCCGGCUGGGCAGCGCCGCGGGGCCGCGCCCGGGCCAGACACCGCGGCAGGGUCUGGAGCCCCCCACCCCGACGGCGGCAGCUUGACCCUCUGCCGGGGGGGGCCCCCUGCGUCGUUUCCUCCUCCCCGCAUCCCCCUUUGCUUUCAUGCAACGCCUGGUGGCCUGGGACGCAGCAUGCCUCCCCAUCCAGCCGCCUGCCUUUAAAUCCAUGGAAGUGGCUAAUUUCUAUUACGAGGCGGACUGUCUGGCUGCUUUCAACAAGGUGCACCCGCGGGCGGCCGGGGGCCGCUCCAUGACCGAGCUCACCGUCGGGGACCACGAGCGGGCCAUCGACUUCAGCCCGUACCUGGAGCCUCUGGCGUCGCAGCCGCCGCCUCCCGCGGCAGCAGCAGGGGGCAACUUUGAGCCUCCGUGCAGCAGCGGCGCCGGCCAAGAUUUCCUUUCCGAUCUCUUCGCCGAGGACUAUAAAGGCAGCGGCGGCAGCAAGAAGCCCGACUACACCUACGUCAGCCUCGCCCGGCACGGCCACCCCUGCGCCAGCCAGAGCCACAAGCCGGGGGGGCUGCCGGGCUGCUUCCCUCCCCAGAUCGUGGAGACCAAAGUGGAGCCGGUCUUCGAGACCCUGGACUCUUGCAAAGGGCCCCGGAAGGAAGAAGGGGGCGCGGGGCCGGGACCGGGGGGCAUGUCCUCGCCCUACGGCAGCACCGUGCGCUCCUACCUGGGUUACCAGUCGGUGCCGAGCGGCAGCAGCGGGAACCUGUCCACAUCAUCCUCCUCCAGCCCCCCCGGCACCCCCAACCCCUCCGAGUCCUCCAAGUCCGCCGCCGCCGCCGGCGGGGGCUACUCCGCCGCCCCGGCGGGCAAGAACAAGCCCAAGAAGUGCGUGGACAAGCACAGCGACGAGUACAAGCUGCGCCGGGAGAGGAACAACAUCGCGGUGCGCAAGAGCCGCGACAAAGCCAAAAUGCGCAACCUGGAGACGCAGCACAAAGUCUUGGAACUGACGGCCGAGAACGAGCGGCUGCAGAAGAAGGUGGAGCAGCUCUCCCGGGAGCUGAGCACCCUCAGGAACUUGUUCAAACAGCUGCCCGAGCCGCUGCUCGCCUCCUCGCCGCGCUGCUGACCCCCGGGCGGGCGGGCGGGCCGAGGGGAGAGCGGAGCCGCCGGCUCCCGGCCCCGCUCCGCGAUCCCGGGGCCGGGCCGAGGCGGGAGAGAGCCCUCGGCGGGCGGGCGGGUUCGGUUUCAAUUCGUGCUGUUGUUGUUGUUGUUGGAUUUUUUUUUUUUUUUUUUUCUUUACCGACAUGUUGGCGGAAGGCUCCGCCGCCGCGCGGGGCUGCGCGGAGCCGGGGCCGCGGAGGGGCGCGGAGGGGGCGCGGAGGGACCCCGGCCCCGGCCCGGGCGGGCUCUGCUGGGCGCUGGGUUUAUUUAAAAGAGCGAGAGGAGAGCGAGGGCAAAGUGAUGCAAUCCUUUAAGCAUGGCUGGGAAUGCUGUGUACAUGAUGCAAUCUCGUGUAACUGUCAGUCAUGGAUUGAGUAAUCUGUUAAAGAUGUUCCUACAGUUUUUUUUAUUAUAAAGAAUAAUCUAUUUCUAUAAGAAAAUACAUAUGUAUAUUUUGGGAUCUAUGCAUUCUUGCUACAUUUGAAGCAUUAAUGAACAAUUUUAAUAAACUUUAUGACUAGGUUAAAAAAAAA